GUGGGUACUUUCGAUUUUAAAGUGUCGAAGUCAUAAUCAUCGGGGUUACUUCCGUCUCUAGUGUGGGUGCGUUAGUAAUAGUUUAUCCAGAAUAUGAAUUAAGCAGAAUUAAGCCGGAACGCCGACGCCCACAAAUUCCCACAAAUCGUCGUCUCUUCAGCGCUGCAAAAGUAACCCGGAAACUGGAAGCUGGAUAGUUCAAAACUGCCGAGAAACACAAGAUAAAUUCAACAGUCAGCCAGACCUCCGCUUCUGUGUGUGUGUGCGUGUGUGUCGUGUGUUGUGUCUGUGCCGAAGUGUUGGAGAGAGCGAGACGGACGAUUGCGAGGGAGUCGAGCUUUGCGAAAAUUUUUUGCCAGCCUAUUUUAAAUUUUCGGCACCAAAUCACCGUCUUAUCCGCCAGCAAGUUCUGAUUGAAAUGAGAGUGCAGCUCGAUUUCUGUUUGCGAAUCCGUUGAUAAGGCUACAGCCACAACUGCACUAGUGGAGCCGAAAAAAUAGAAACACCUAAUCAAACGGAAUUAAAUAACAAGGCGGCGGCAACAACACACACAUAAAUUAAAUCGCAGAGCAACAACACUAAUAACAAUAGCUUAUCACACAGCAACAAAAACAUCAUCAUCAUCAGCAGCAGCAACAACAACAAUAGCAACUGACCAGCAGACAGAAAGAACAACAGUUUAUCUCAGAUAUUCAGCCGGCAGCACCAGUGCGAGCGAGAGAGCAGUAGUUGGGGCGAAAGAGAAAGGGCGCUCCCGAGAGCGAAAGAAAGAGAGAGAGAGAGAGCGCAGGGAGUGUGCUGCUGUGUGUGUGUGCGAGUGUGGGAGCAGGCAGCAGAAAAAAGAAAACAAAGUAUAUUUUGCAUUGUUCGACGCGCCUAACUGUAAAUAUAAAAGCACUUGCAAAAACAAGGAAAAACACAGAGAAACGGGGGAAAAGCAACCAACGAAAAAUGGCACGCGGCUUCGAUCAUCUCUUCAAGUUGCUAAUAAUCGGCGAUAGCGGCGUGGGCAAGUCGUCGCUGCUCAUCCGGUUCUCGGACGACACAUUCUCGGGCAGUUACAUCACCACCAUCGGCGUGGACUUUAAGAUCCGCACCGUGGACAUCGAGGGCAUGCGCGUGAAGCUGCAGAUCUGGGACACGGCCGGACAGGAGCGCUUCCGGACGAUCACCAGCACCUACUACCGCGGCACCCACGGCGUCAUCGUCGUCUACGACGUCACGAACGGUGACUCCUUCGCGAACGUCCGCCGCUGGCUGGAGGAGAUACAGAACAACUGCGACGUGGUCAAAAAAGUAUUAGUGGGCAACAAGAACGACGAUCCGGACAGGAAGGUGGUCAUUACCGAGGACGCGCAGCGGUUCGCGAAACAAAUGGACAUCGAGCUGUUCGAGACAUCUGCCAAAGACAACAUAAACGUGGAGAACAUGUUCUUGUCGAUCACGCGGCAGGUGCUCGACCACAAGCUGCGCACCUCCCCCAACGAGCAGCAGAAGGACACGCUCCACCUGAAGCCCAAUCCCAAGGGCAGCAAGGGUGGGAAGUGCUGUAGGUGAAAGCGGCUCCGGCAUGGGAGCUGGCAUUGCAACUGGACCGACGGCGACGGCGGCGGCGGCGGGACGGGAAUUGGAGCCGGAAUUUGGACCAGGACCUGGAUCAACUCUGGGGGCGGACGAAAUCGUUGUGGGGGCGCGUAGUUUGUAGGGUUCUUGGCGUACGAUGCGGCACACACACUCACUCACAUAGACAUAGCUAACAGCACCAAACAACCAACAACAAGAGACCAGAAACCAGAAACCACAAACAACACAAGACAACAACACUCACACCCACUAGAGACAACUAUUUUUUUUGUUUUGUUUUUUUCCUCCUGAGUUUUAUUCGGAAUAAUGCCAGAUAGCCGUAAAUUAAAGUGUAAAAGUGUAAAGCGCAAUUAAAUGUAUUUAGCAAUUUAUAUACAUAUUAAUAUAUAUACAUAAACAAAAUUGAAACAAAUCGCAUAUUUAUAUACAAGAAUAUAUUUAUAUUUCAAACGGAGAAUUGUAUUUACAAUAACUUGAGCGACCGCAGGAACAGGCACUAGCACGAAAGCGCCUCAAUAGCUAAGAUACAAAACACAUUUAUAUAAAUAUAGAAAUAUAUGUAGGGCGAUAACACAUCAAAUUAUUGGCUUCCGAUCGCGACUCUUCACUUCAUACUCCCAUAGUUUUAAACUCGAAAACGGAAGCUAUGAAUCUUAAAACACAUGUUUUUCCCACCCAUCAACCGAGAAAGAAUCUCAAUUUAAUUUGUGCGGAGUAAUGCUAUUAAACAUUGUGUUGCUCCCGGAAACUAACAUACUUGAUAAGAUUUCAUUUGAUACCAGCGCCAUUCCGUGUUAGCAGUAACUGGAAAAACUAAACAACUUCAUGGACUGUUUUCAUUUAAUUUGGGCUCGUUUGCUUACAAUGAAAAACCUGAAACUGUCAGUUAAUAUUACUUCCAAUUAACGUUUCUGAAGAAAAAUAGUUCUAUAGGAGCCAAUAAUCCCAUUCUCCGAUAUUAUGUACCAUCAGAAAGAAUAAAGAUAGAUCUUUACAAAAACACGAUUUCAAAACGCGAUAAGCAUUGAAAUCAGUGUGUUGUGUGUUGAA